AAGCCGCGCUUAAACUGCUCAUGAACUCUUUUCGCUGCUUCUGGGCUCUUUUCGCGCUUCUUACCCCACACCUGAAGCUGCCCCCGAGCACAGAAUCCCCGUUUGGGGCUUUUGUGGGGGGGAUUUUCCAGCUUUCCGAUGGCUCAGCAUCCCGCCGGAGCUCGCGCUAGCUCACGGAGUUAAACCCAGCCCUAACAAAGAGCUGUUUAUUAAAGCCAGCGACGCGCCAGCAUCUAUUUGCUUUUGCCUCCCUUCCUUUGGGCUCGGGGUAUCCCAGAGCUGCCAGCACAGCCCGGCUCAUCCCGCCCGGCAGCCCGGGACCCCCGGACCCGCUCCCGGGGAAGCAGAGGACUCCGAGAGCCCUGCUUGGGCUGCUGUGUUUGUCCUCUCUCAACCCUCAGCAGCUCUUUGGAAACGGGAAUCAUUCCACAGGGCGGUUAUGGAAAGGGGGGGAGAAAUCCCUUCGACCAGGUGGGGCAGAGCCCACCACCUCCGCUGGCUUUCCCGGAAUUCCAUAGCCCCCAGCCUGGUCGCUGUGCGCUCUCUCCUCACUGCGCUCCCCACAUUUCUGAGCUAUGGGAACGGCUUUGCUCUUUUUUCCUCGGUUUGAAGUCAAUUCCGCAGGAAUCCCAUAAUAACGGUGCCCGUCUCCGGCAUGAGUCAGUCCCGUGGGAGCGAUCGGUUUGCAGGCAGGAGUCCCACCAGCGUUCCUGGCCCCGGCACAGCUCACAAGACAGCUGUUUUCCUCUUCUUUUGUCAUGUGGAAGUGGGACAGGGCUGGAGCUCCUGCAGGAUGAAACAUGAGUUAUAGCAUCUCUCCCACAAAGCGAUCCCAGCCCUGCCUGGAGCGCAGGCCUAGGUGGAAAAAACUCCUGGAUCUGGGGGAAAACACAAAGUCAGGGCGCUCAGGGAACAUUGGAUGCUGCGGAGUUCCCUGGCCGGCCUCCUCCCACGGGCAGCAGGCUGGCUCCUGGGAGGAGAGGCAGCGCAGGGAGGUCCCCAUCCCUGUCCCCAUCCCUGUGUCCCGCAGAGCUGCCUCAGCAGGCAGCAGCUCCUGGCUGCCAUCCGGCAGAUGCAGCAGCUGCUCAAGGGGCAGGAGACGCGGUUCUCCGAGGGGCUGCGCGCUGUCAGGAGCCGCCUGAGCACCAUCCAUGCCUCCCUGGCCAAGGCUGCCCCGGAGCCGCCCGCCGCCGCCUGUCCUGCCCUCCAAGCCCCUGCGGAUGGGAGGAAGUUCGGCAGCAAAUAUUUGGUGGAUCACGAGGUUCACUUUGCCUGCGACCCAGGAUUCCAGCUCCUGGGCUCCAGCACACGGAUAUGCCAGGCCAACGGCAGCUGGACAGGGCAGGAGGCCCGCUGUGCAGAGAUCAGAGAGUGCUCGAGCAGCCCCUGCCAGAACGGUGGGACGUGCCUGGAGGGUCUCAACCACUUCAAAUGCCUCUGUCCCCCGCAGUGGACCGGGACCACCUGCCAGUACCAGGCUCAGACUGCUCCUCCCACCUGGAGCGUGACGGAUGACCCGGCCUUCAGCCGGCAGCCCCGCUGUGCCCAGGUCGCCCAGACCCAGCAGUGCAGCUGCGAUCCCGGCUUCCACAUGAGCGGCACGGCUUCCAACGGGAUCUGCCAGGACCUCAACGAGUGCGAGGUGUACCGGCAGCAAGGGGGACCCCGGCUCUGUGCCCACGCCUGUGUCAACAUUCCCGGCUCCUUCCGCUGCUCCUGCCCUGCUGGAUACAUCCUGCUGGGCGACGGCAAGAGCUGCGAAGAUAUUGACGAGUGCUCCCUGUCCCAGGAUAACUGCACAAGCGGGAGCACCUGCAUCAACACCGGGGGGGGAUUCCAGUGCGUCACCCCCCAGUGUCCCCCGGCUGCCGGCAAUGUCUCCUACGUCAAAACCUCCCCCUUAGCCUGCGCGGGCCCCGCACCGUCCGCGUGGACGUGGACAUGGCCGAGUACCUGGACAGGGCGUUCCAGGCCAAGCACCUGUCCAAAAUCACCCUCUUUGUCUCGGCUUAUGAGUUCUAGGGGUGGGUCCUGCUCCCUGCUCAGCAUCCCGUGGAUCACGGGAAUGUCCACGUUGGAGCUGCUCUGCAGAUGUCUGGCUUUCUCUGCUCUGUCCCAAAGUUCUUCUUCCCAUGUGGAUUUACACCACCAAAUGAGGUGGACAAGCCCAUCCUCAUCCCCAUCCUCAUCCCAGCUCCAGAGAGAUGAUGUCCUGCAACAGCAGAUGGAAACCACAGCCCUGAUUUCCUCUGAAUUCCCAUUUUUUCCUUUAGGAAGCAGUGAAGCCAAGUGUGUGGGAAGAGGGAGGCUCAUGGCCUUUGCUGCUCCCCUCCCUUGUUGCGCCUGGUCCUGCUCCCUAAAAACACUCUCCCACUUCCCUCUGGAUGCUGAGAAUCCCCCUGGCAGCCUGUAGGGAUUGAUCAGGGCUGGAACACUCCAUGAACAACCACCUGGGUGCCCUCCUUGGCAAGUGGGGCAAAGGAGGAAUUCCAGGGCUAUCCCUGCUCCUUAAACCUCUCAAAUGGGGAUCCCCCCUGAAUCCUCUUCAUAGCAGAGCUUCAGCUGCAUGUGGAGGUGGGAAUUUUCCCUGCUCCCUCAGUCAGAGCUUCCAUCCUGGCAUAGGAAUGCUGGGAAGAGCUGGGAUUCAGCUUUUCCCAGGAGGAUUCACCCUCCUGCUUGUGCAUGUUCUGCAUGUUCCCUCAUCCCACUGGAUUUAGUACAAUUAAAGGAUGAUGUAAAGGAUG